AUGCUCGCUGGGAUUUAUAGGCUUCUACUUCCCUUCUGCGUGCUGGGCGUCGUCGCUGGAAUAUCCCAGCCGGCAUAUUUCCCCCUACGCCCACCUGCGGUUCCUCUGGCGGUGCGGAGUCCCUAUACCAGCGCGUGGGUGACGACCAAGGACGGGGCAACGUUGAACUCGGCGUCGGCCAUCUUCUGGUCAGGCGUUGACCUGGGCUGGGAAGGGAUCGUGACCGUGGACGGGGUGUCGUAUGAGUAUCUGGGCGUUGGGUCGGAUGCGCUGCCGGCACUACCGAGUCUGAAGAAAGCGACGCCGCUGACGACGCGUUAUGACUCGCAGUACUCGAAUUUCACAUUUGCGGCAGGCCCUAUCGAGGUGACGGCCAGCUUCUUCUCUCCAGUGAUUCCGCAGGAGGUGUGCCGCACCAGCAUCCCGCUAAGCUACCUGAUCACAUCAGUACGGGCGACGGACAAUGCCACACAUGACGUACAGCUUUACAACGAUAUCAACGCAAGAUGGAUUACGUACGCCACUGACGUGAAGGUUAAGUGGUCGCUUCAUGAAAGCGGCAUCACGCAGCCCGUAAACGGAUCAAACGCGACAAUAACAAGCACAACCUCGUCGUCGAUCUUCAGCUGGUUGCUGGAGCUCGAGGAGGCGUACACGUUCGGCGAGGAUGAGAAUUUCCCGCAAUGGGGCAACUUCACCUUCUCGACGACGGCAGGCAACGCGAGUACGGAAUUCACCUUUGAGAGCGGCUUCGCAGCGGAUGUCCGGUACGGGUAUGUGCAGAACAGGAGCCUGACCAACCUCGUCGACGGGGACUAUCGGGCAUCCGCGGUCAGGGAGCCUGUGUUUGCGUUCGCACACGACCUGGGAGCCGUAAAGAGGGAGUCGUCGGUGGUUUACACGCUGGGCUCGGUGCAGCAGCCCAGCGUACGGUACCUCAACGCAGAUGGCCUGUCGGAGCUAGACCCUUGGUGGAUGAAAUGCUACGGGAGCAGCCUGUACGAGCUGAUCGAGGUACACUACCGCGAUCUCGCGACGAGCCAGGAGCUGGCGGCCCGGUGGGAGACACAGCUACGAGCAGACAUUGCGAGGUUCUACAGGGAGAAUUCCUCCUCUUCUUCCUUGUCGUCCGGAUGGUUCGGCGAUCUAUCCGCAUCAUGGAUGUAUAGCAACUCGAGCGAAGGGACAAACCGGUUUGGCGAAGAGUGGGUGUUUGACAGCCGCAACGGAUACGGGUUCUACAAUCCAAGCACAUUCGCGGGGGUUGCCGUGCCAGACGUCGAUGAAGCUCACUCGUAUUACUCGAUCGUGGCCUUGGCUGCCCGCCAAGUGAUGGGCGCAUACGUGCUGACAGCGCGGCAGGAUAGCGACAGUAGCAGCAGCAAUACCACGGCGGAACCGUUCAUGUUCCAGAAAGAGAUAUCAUCUGACGGUAAUGUCAACACGGUCGACGUGCUGUACCCGGCGAUGCCAUUCUUCUUGUACGCCAACCCGGCGAUGAUCCGGUACACGUUGGACCCGUUGUACGAGAACCAGGAGGACGGGUUCUACCCGAACGGAUACAGUAUGCACGAUCUCGGGUCUGCGUUUCCCAACGCGACGGGCCACGUGCUGGGGGAUGAUGAGUACAUGCCGCUGGAGGAGAGUGGGAACAUGAUUCUCAUGACGUUGGCGUAUGCACGGUUUGCCAACGACACGGCGUACCUGCGCGACCAUUAUGAAAAGAUGGCCGAGUGGGCGCAGUAUCUGCUUGAAUUUGCUUUGAUCCCGGAAGACCAACUGAGCACUGAUGACUUUGCUGGGGAGCUGGUGAACCAGACGAACCUAGCGAUCAAAGGUAUCGUGGCGAUAGGCGCAAUGGGCGAGAUAGCAAAGGCAGUCGGCGCAAGCAGUGAGGCAGCCAACUUCUCAGCGACGGCGACAUCGUACGAGACGCAGUGGGAGACGUUCGCGAUUGACCCGUCGGUCAACCACACGAUGCUGGCGUACGAGUGGCGGUCCUCGUGGGGGCUGCUGUACAACAUCUACCCAGAUCGUCUGCUCUCGCUCGGUAUCAUUCCAGACCACGUCUACGAGAUGCAGUCGGCGUGGUACCCAGGCGUGUCGCAGGUGUUCGGGGUGCCCCUGGACGUGAGACACUUCUACACCAAGAGCGACUGGCAACUGUGGACGGCGGCGACGUGCGAACCCGCCACGCGCCGGCUGUUUGUCGACGCAGUGGCCUUCUGGCUUAACGCCACCUCGACGCAGUACGCGUUCACCGACCUGUACGACACGGUGGGCACGGGGGAGUAUCCCACGGAUGACGACGGGGAUAUCACGCAGUUCAUUGCUCGGCCGGUGCAGGGGGGGGAGUAUUCCCUUCUAGCAUUACUGAAAUAG